GUGACGCCUUUCCGGCCAAACGGAAGUGUUUGGAGUGUUAGUGGAGUUAAGAGAAACUAUUCUUUUAAAUUUCACGAAAUGUUGGCGUCAGGAUUGUUUAUUUCUCCUACGUGAAGACAAACAGUGUUAUAUCAUCAUUUCUUUUUCUAGCCGGGGCACAAGUUAACACAACUAAGGCGGGACUACUCUUAAUUUGUUGAAAUUUGCGCGAAUUGAUUCAAGGCCUUCUGCAGUGCCGUGAUAAUUGACUCCACAAGACCUACAUUCUCCAGAUCCCGCGACUUGUCAAGUUGGAAGAUUUAUGAACUCCAAGAAUAUGAAGAAAUGUAAUCCUAUUUUGCCACCUCUCUGGUUAUAAAACUCUUGAAUCUUGCUUGGAUUCAGAGCUGUGAAGAACCGGCGACCACUGAGUGUCUCCACACUGUACAGUAUUAUUAGGAGGAUUUGAAAAUCCGUAGAACAAGUACAGAUUUAAGGAUCGUUGGACCACAUUUUACCGGCCAGUAGUGUGCUAAUCUAGUAGCUAAACAGAUUUGGGACACCUAACUAAGAAAUGCUUUAAAGUGGACUUCUCGUUCGGAUAAAAGAAAUUCGGCUUAACUGAAAUCUUGGGAUUUGCUCAACUCUGUGAAGUUUUUUGAGUUGUACAAAAACGGGAUGGAGAAUAUCAGUAUGUGGAUUAGACUGGUUUGUCUACACGCCUUGGUAAUAUCUACGACCAUCAAGGAAACAAUUGGCAGCAAUGGCGGUUGUUAUAGCGCACUAGGCAUGGAGUCUGGUGAUAUCACAGAUGGUCAAAUCACCGCUUCAUCUUUCAUGAUUGCACCUCCAUCUGUUGCAAGACUCAAUAAAAAGAGGCACAUACUAGGAGCGUGGUGUGCAUCAUACAAUGACAACAACCCUCAUCUACAAGUCGAUUUUCUUGAUGUGAAGAAUAUUACAGCCUUUUCUAGCCAAGGCGUGGAGUUUACAGGUGAUCAUUGGGUAUCAUUGUAUACUGUAAGCUAUAGCUGUGAUGGAAGGACGUGGCAGAAAUAUUGGAAUGGCAGUACUAUUAAGACAUUUACAGCUAAUACCGAUACAGAUUCAGUUGUGCUCAACUACCUUCCAAAACCCAUCAUUGCGCGCAUGAUUCGAAUUCACCCCGUCGCGUGGUAUCGAUGGGGUUCUAUUUGUAUGAGAGUGGAAGUACAUGGAUGCAAGUCUGAUCAAGUCUGCAGCACACCCACCACACCUACACCCAAUGCUACGACCACCACCACAGUGAGACGACCACCUACAGAAAGGACCAGUAAACCAUCGACCACGGUCAGCACACCUACCAUAAGGUCCACCACAAGAACAACAGCAGGAACGACAGUAAAAACUGAGCCACCGUGUACUAGUGCGCUUGGCAUGGAAAAUUAUCAAAUCAAAAACCAUCAAAUUACUGCCUCGUCUGCCAAGAGUAUAUGGACCUCGCCCUCAGCAGCAAGAUUAAACAAUAGGUUAAAAAUGAGCUCAUUUGGUUCUUGGUGCGCAUCGGCGACAGAUUCUAGUCAAUACCUUCAAGUUGACUUCAAGACACAUCAAACCAUUGUAGCCAUAGCAACACAAGGAAUGGCCUUUCCAGAUGGCAACUGGGUCACCAGCUAUACUCUUAGCUACAGCUGUAAUGGUACUACAUGGUUCGUUUAUGGGGAAAAUGGUAAACGUAAGACUUUUGUAGGCAACAGGGACAGCAAUCAAAUAGUGAAGCAUUACCUAGCAACGCCGCUGAUAACAAGACUAGUUCGAUUAAACCCUGUCACGUGGAACAAGUUUGGAGAAAUCUGUCUUAGGAUGGAGUUGUACGGAUGCAAUGCUUCACAAGGAUGUACAGUAGGAAACAUCAGUGCUCAAGUACGCCCUGCUACAACAAGAAGACCAAGAAGAUCGCGCACUACCGAGCAUGUACCAGACAUACUACACGAACCAGCCAGACGUACUAAACCUACUACCCACUCAACAAAACAACCAACUGAAACACACCCAACCACCAAAAAGAAAAAGAGGAUCUUGAUUAUUUAUAAAAAGAUCGAAGAUGACGACAGUAAAUCGAGUGCUAGAAGAGAAACACUUGAUUGGACAAUGGUUCUACCCCUACUAUCAUCACUAGUUUUUAGAUAAGAGAAGUUCAACGAGUUCACAUAAUUAUUCUACUUGUCCACCUGCGUACACACAUUUCCUCCCCAUCCCCCUUUGGAAAAUUGUUCUUUUCUCAAAGGAGGGGGGAGGGGAUAGGAAUCGUCCGAGGUCAGGCUAGCUUCAUGCGCGCAUGCAAAAUUAUAAACCACUACUCUCUUUAGCCAAGUGCUUCAAAUACAGAUCAGGUCUAAUUUAUUCAUUAUUUGCCUGAUGGCCGUCAAAAAUACUCAACUGUCCAGUCAAUCAAUCUACUGGAACAUAAAAAAAAGAUGGGAAUUACAUAUAGAACUUCAUAAUAAUUAAUAAAAAUAGUUUUCCGAAAUGCAAUGCGCAAAGUGCGCCCACUAAAUCAAGUUCGACCAAUAAAAACGUAGUUUGCCAAAUAUUAUAUAAUUGGUCAUGCGCACAAUAUUGGUUGCCUAGUAACCACAAUAUUGGUUGCCCUAGUAACCAAGAGCUUAAAUCUGAAGAUAGAACCCAAAAAAUUGUAUUAUAGUUAGAAUCAAUUUGUAAAUAGAUUUAGUUUAAUGUUUGAUAUAAAUAAAGGCUCUAUCGUUGGGCUUCCAGAGUAACAAAAAAUUGCCUUCUCAUUUUCCGAAUUAUCUUCUGCUUCCCCAGAAAAUAGAAGCGUUUUUUCUGCCAUAAUUGACUUUUGAAUGGGUACUGUUAACUCUAGUCAACACAAAGAUAGGUGACUUAGUGUAAGAAAAUUCCCCUUAAAAAGCACCUCAAUUCUUGCCACAUAUUUAAAGAGAAACUUUUUCAAAACAUGAUAAUUGGCAAUAGACCUUUUAAAACCACGCCAUUCUCUAAAAUAUUAUUUUUUUGUUUAACGGUUGUGCAUGAGAAGACACAAGGAUACGACUCAGUCAUAUUCUCAAGAGAAUGACACGUGGUCUGAAAUGGGAAACCAUUACACCCUAACAAAUAGCCUAUUGACAAUUACCCAUUAUUGUCAGCAUGGCUGGUUUAUUCAGUCUGUAUCACUUCUCUCAUUCUCUGUCUCUGAUAUAAAUGUAUCGGUUAAUUAUUUAUCAGUGGUCUAAAAAUAGAACGAAUCUGAUUGGAUGUGAAAGUGUAAUGACGAGACAAGGAUAGACAAUGCUUCAAACACUAUUAUUUGUAUUAGGUAUUCUAUUUUAAAAUUGUUGAAAACUUUGAAACAAUUGGAAAAUGUUUGACCUAUUAAGGAUUCAAUAUUAUGAAUUUUUAUCUGAAUGUGAUUCAGUCAUAAAAUAGUUUCUCAUAGCUUCUGUUAUUCUUCCUAUUGGAAAAUAUUAGUCUAGUCUGUAUGAUACUAGUUCACACCACUCCCUGUGUGUUGGGGUGGGGUUGGGGGGGGGGAGGUAGGGGUGUAGAGCUGGGAGGGGUGGGGGUGCAAGGUAUUGCCAAUAAAUUACCAUGACAUAAGUUAGAUUACAGGCACUGAAUAUUAACCUUUAUGUAGGCAAGGCCCAUCACCCCUGAUAGGGAAAAGGAAAAUAGAGGGACAACCUCUUUUUAUCUCCUUUGCUUCCAUUCAAUUCCCAUCUACCCCUCCUCUGUUUAAGACCAACUGAACCCCCUUUCUCCAUCGAAAGAAAAUUCCAAUCCCUUUAAAUCUAUAUUUCAUGUCCAAAACUAUCACGUCCAGGGUUAAUAUUGGAUUCCCUUCAAUUCAAUUAGAAUCAUGUUUGAGCUCGCCAAAUGCAUACUUCAACCUGCUUAUCACGUGAAUCUCAUUCGCGUUAUGUAAUUCUUAUUUGUAUCGUUUGACUAAAUCUUAAAAUCUUAAGACAGUCGAAUAGUUUUGUGUUUCUAAAUUCUUUAAAAAUUUCUAAUCUUUUUCUUAUGAUCUGUUUUGUUCAAAAUAUGAUCAUAGCCUUUAGUGUAUCCCUGUAAUCAAAUCCCUAGGGAGUGUGCUACCACAUUAUACAUACUAUAUUCUUCACGGUCAUAUUUUGUGAAAUAGAAUCUAAAUAUUGAUUUUUAGAGGCCGAUAAGAAACUGGGCUGCCAGAAAAAAGGGAAAUGUGAGUAAUUGGAUGGGAAAUAACAGGAAUCUGGAUUUGUGUGGUAUGCUUUUGUGUGUGAAGGAAAAAUGCAAGUUGUUAGUUUUGAUGAUUACAAGAGGUAUAAAACAAUGUGAAAAAAUAUUAUGAAGAAAGAAAAAAAA